AUGAAUCAAAUGGAUAUACUUGGAACUUGUUGUGCUUUACUCGGUUGUAUUUCGACAGUAGUAAACGACGUUUAUAUUCACUGUAAAAAUGCUAAAGAUAAUCGGGAAAAAUAUGAGAGAAUCAGUCAAAGAAUAGAAACAAACACAAGUCAAUUAAUGACUUUUUGUACUCGUUCAUUAAAGGGUGAUAAAAAUUUCAAUCCAAAUAACAUGCAUUUUGUUGAUAAUCUUCAACGUUAUUUAAAUGCAAUUGCAAAAGCAAAUAAGUAUAGUGAUAAAAUCAAAAAUCUUGAAAAAAUAUAUGAAAGAGCUUUGGGAGAUAUAAUUUUUACAAUCAAUAUGGAAAAUUACGAGUCAAAUGAAAAUUUAGGCAAUCAAGUACAAGAUACAAUUCGAAAG